AUUCGAUUUACUUAUAGUUCAUGUACUAACUUACUACUACUACCUAAUGGAAGCGUAUGCAUUGCUUCUUAUAGCUUUACAGAGAAGUCCGGAGCAGAGCAAAAUCUCUAUGGUGCAUGUUUUUUGGGCAUCUAUAAUCCGAGAUAUCUCUGAGUCUCUGACACAAACGGAGAAGGAAAGGCAUGGCAACUAUGCAGGCGGUGAUGGGCAACCUUACAACGAUGGAGCGGCAAGUGUUAACGGCGGUGAAUACCGGCGGUUCGAGCCUGUCUUUGGUGGGGUCCGGAUUCAUAGCGUUGUGCUAUUUGCUCUUCAAGGAGCUCCGAAAGUUCUCCUUCAAGCUCGUCUUCUUCCUCGCCCUAUCCGAUAUGUGCUGCAGUUUCUUCAGCAUAAUUGGGGAUCCUUCCAAAGGAUUCUUUUGUUAUGUUCAGGGUUAUACAACACAUUUCUUCUGUGUAGCUUCUUUUCUUUGGACUACCACAAUUGCUUUUACCCUUCACCGAACUGUUGUUAGGCAUAAAACGGAUGUUGAAGAUUUGGAGCCUGUCUUUCAUUUAUAUGUUUGGGGAACUUCAAUUGUCAUGACAGUUAUACGCUCUAUUGGCAAUGACCAUAGGCAUAUAACUCGUCUAGGCACCUUGUGCUGGGCACAAAGUGGGCGUGCAGCAAAGGCAGUUCACUUUGCUACUUUUUAUGCACCUCUUUGGGCUGCAAUCCUAUUUAAUGGCAUCACAUACUUUCAAGUAAUUCGGAUGCUUAACAAUGCAACUCGUAUGGCAGCUGGCAUGUCAGAUGCACGGACAGAUAUGAAGGCGCUCAACCGAUGGGGAUACUAUCCACUUAUUCUGAUAGGUUCAUGGUUUUUUGGCACAAUAAAUCGCAUACAUGACUUUCUUGAGCCAGACCAUAAAAUAUUUUGGCUUUCAGUACUUGACGUUGGUAUGGCUGCACUAAUGGGUCUCUUUAACUCAAUAGCUUAUGGCCUCAACUCAUCAGUGCGUCGGGCAAUUUAUGAAAGAUUGGACCUAUUGCCAGAAUGUGUGCGGAGAUGGCUCCCCAAGAGUUUCAGGUCAAGGGGGGGACAACAGCAAGAGGGUGAACUAAUUCCACUAAAAGUUGAGAACCAACGAUUGUGAAAGUGGAGGAGAUGAUAAAUGGUUGGCUCCAAGACUCGUUUUUUGCACAUUCAAUCUUUCCUUCGGGUUCUUUGGUCCAUACAUCAACACAGAUGUUAAAUCUGAAUCAACAGCCUCUCUUUCUUAAUGGAUUGCGAGAUGGUUAGGUUACUCUGAUCUACUGGGAAUCUUUACAAGAUGCGUGGGUUUAGGAUUAUCAUCACACUUUUGAAGGCAGCUGCAGUUGGCUAUGGCGAUGAUCUUAAUGAAGAUUAAUGACUUUUCUUCCGACAUUAUGCGCUUUUCAAAGUUUCAUGCUUUUUCCUCCAUUCUUCUGAAAAUUUCUUGUAUCUUAUCGUAUGUUGUACCCUUCGCAGGUUUAAAUUUGUAUGCACCCUGCUGAAUAUCCUACAAUUAUGUAAGAUGAAGUCUUUAUUUCACAAUGCCAUAAUAGAAAGCAGA